GAGCCCAGGUGGAAGCCUCCGGUGGAAGGUGAGACGAUGGGCGUCAUGACGUACCAGGAAUACGCGAAGGAGAACUUCGGCGAGGAGCUCCCGGGUGACUUCCUGGACGAGUACUACACCGGGGGCCGCGUGCCAAGCUGGGAGGACAACCGGCGCCACAGGUGGGGCGUACAGAAGCUCGCAGCCGUGGUGGCCGCGGGACGGGCAGUGGGCAUCGAACCCAUCAAGCAGGUCUAUCCCCUGGAGCCCCGCAUAGCGCUGGACCACAAGGCCCUGGCGAAGAUCGGCUCGGACGGGUUCCGCUACUUUGGGCCCAUGGACAUCAGGUAUGCGUCCAAUGGAUUCUACGGCGCCUCCCUGGUUGAGCGCCGGAUGGAAGGCCAGCGGCCGCAAGACAUGCUGGCCAUGCUGAUGACGGACUCCGUCUUCGGCGCCCACCUGCAGCAGGAUGCCUCCGGGCAAUUCCAGGUGGACCUCCGCGGCCUGGCCAAGUACGCGCCCAUCCCGGGCUACGCGAAGCUGGGGGGGCGCGCUGCCUUCCGGCUGGAGGGCGGCCUGCUGCGAACGGUGGAGCUCGAGUACAACGACACCGUGUACGACAACUUCACGGACCCUGAGGUGGAUGCGGCCUACGCGCGGAACGUGCGCAAGGGCUGGCGUAUGGCGGAGGCCGCGUUCAUCGCCUCCCUGCUGUCCAUGACAAACCUGGUGAUGCAUGUGAAGGACCUGCACCUGGAGAUCGCCAGCGCCUUUCAGGCGGUCACCGUGGACGCCUUUGCCCAGAGGCCCAAGCACCCGGUGAGGCGUUUGCUGGACGCCUUCAUCAGCCGUAGCGUGCAGGCCACCAACGACAACAUGCGGCUGCUCUUCGACUUCCAUGCGGCGGACUUCUCGCUGGCGCCCUUGCCCUACCAGGAGCAGCUGAAGCUCAUCGACGACUUCAUCAGGGCGGAGCCCCGGAACCUGGCCGACAUGGACAUGGAGCGCUACGGGCGACUGCGGCACAUGGACCCCGAGUUCUCCACCAAGGAGGCCGUGGUGAACUCCAGCAGCUGGGGCUGGCGCUGGCACUACCGGGCGCUGACGGUGCAGAAGCUGCUGGUGGCCUACGUGGACUGCUUCCUGGGCGCCGAGGGCCUGGAUGCGGCGGCGGUGGAGGCGGACAGCUACCUGAAGGAUUGGUGGCAGAGGAUGAUCUACCACCUGCCCUCGCUGCGGAGGGCUACGGAAGAGAACCCGGACUGGGCGGAGGUGGAGCUUGAAAGGGCCAGCCUCGUGCGGGCGGUGAGUACCAUCAUGCUUUGGGUCUCCUGGAUCCACGAGGACGUGGGCCACUCUGCCGCGGCCUACGUCUGGAACCCGCUGUACACCCCGAUGUGCGUGCCGGAGGAUGGCGUGGGCGUGCCCUUGUUGAGCUGGGCCUUCAACGCCAUGGCCUACCGCGGCUUCGUGUUUCUGCACCGGUCCACGCUCUUGGAAGAAGCCCCCAGCUUCUGGUUCGACGGAAACGCCGACAGCCGGCAGUGCUUCGAAGACUUCCAGGAGGCGCUGCGGGGUCUUGGUGAGAGCGACGUGGCCUUCAGUGAGUGCGAGAAGGAUGGAUUCUACUCCUGCGUGGGGCGGGUGGAGACGGCGGUGUCUUCCUGAAGUUUUAAGGCAUGGCGGCCAAGAUGGCCCAUGGCUUCUCAGGUCAGCAUUUCGAAACAAGUUGGGUAGAGCCAGCAGUGAAAUUGCCGGGUGCUGGGGAAAGUUCCUGCUGGCGGGGAGUAAACCCGCCCACAGCGAGCGGGAGGCG